CAAUAAAAAUCAAUAAACUUAAAUAUGUGAACAUAUUUAUUGUAAUCCUGGAGGUGUUAACAAAAACGCCAUUUUAUUUUUCUUUCCUUCUCUACAUCAACGCCUCCCGCUCUAAUUAUAAACAGCAUCCCUUUAUAGUUGUUAUUGUACGCGCCACAGCUGUUGCCUAUUGGUUCUGCUUAUAUAAAAACAACCCCAUUUAUAUAAAAGUAUUGUAGCAACAACAACAAGUGAACUUUUGGUGGUGUUUAGAGAAGUUGGAUAUAAAAGGAUGCUGUGCAAUCAAGGAUAUAGAACAUUUCAAUUUUAACGCGUACACGCGCGGAGCGUAUAAAAUAACGGAGCCCCGGAAUAUUUGGAAUAAUUAAAUGACAAGUGAAAAAUCUUAUGUAACGGACAGCAUAAAGUGAAAAAAUUAUAAAUUAUUCGAAGUAAUUAUACCCCGUUUGCAGUCAACAUGGUGUACGACAUGACGCAUAUGAUGCCCGCACAAAGCAUUUCACUGGGUCGCUAUUAUCUGCACGAUCUCAAUGGUAGCGCUGAAAACCAUGAUUAUGUUUUGGAUAUAGAUCGACGCUUUCAGGCGCGCAUGGCUUGUGAGACCAUGCCACAGGCCUCACCACCACCGCCACCAACGCCAGCACCGCGACGCCGCACAACACCCAUAGCGCACCUGGAUCCCUCGGAAUUGGUGGGGCUGUCACGUGAAGAACGACGCCGUCGACGACGCGCCACACUAAAAUAUCGCACCGCGCAUGCAACACGCGAACGCAUACGCGUCGAAGCGUUCAAUGUCAGCUUUGCGGAGUUGCGCAAGCUACUGCCAACACUGCCGCCGGAUAAGAAGCUGUCAAAAAUUGAAAUUCUCAAAUUGGCUAUAUGCUAUAUAGCUUAUUUAAAUCACGUGCUGGAAACGCCAUAAACUACGCGGCUGUUUUAUUUCUAUUAAAUGUUUGGGAAAAUCAGUUGCAAACUCUACUUUCUUUUUGCCAAUAAUUUAAGCUGCAUUGUGAUACCAUUUAAUUUAAAAAUUUCACUUUACACUUAUAAUAUUAAUGUAUAUAACUUUUAUUUAAUACAUACUU